AUUGCAUUGUAUAGACACAAACACACGACCAGGAACCACACAACCUCACAAAACACACAUUUCGUGUGAUCGAUAGCUCGGUACAUUAAAUGGGAUACCACACAUUUCGCCCUCUAAGACACACAUCGCUGCCUGGCCGUCAGUGGCUAAUCAGAUGGACAGCCCCCACGUGUGUGUGUGUGGUCUCUCUCCUACUCUAUGCUGACCAACCGCAGCUGAACGUAGGGGGAAUAAGAUCCGGCUGGCUCUAUGAUUUGCCUCGUCUCCCCCUCCCGCAUCGACAGAACCGCCUCACGCCACCAAUCACGCUCAUCAGACACACGAGUCACCACCCCAUGGAAAUCGUAGCUUUUGUCCCGGCCGUUGAAUCCAUCACUCCAACCGAUCUCGUCGUGCUUGAUGCGGUCGUUGAGUGUCGGCACUCUGCCGGUGCCCUCCGUGACGAUGCGAUACCGGGCGCCAGACGGGAGGCGCACGUAGCCGUCAGGAAUGUUGUCGCCAUUGCUGGCCGCCGCCCCGUCGCCUCCCGCCGCUGGUGCUGCUGCCGCUGCCGCUGCCGCUGCCGCUGCUGGCCCGCUGUGCUGGUCUUCUUGACGGCGGCGCUUCGAGCCGACAGAUGACCUGACACACAAGAGGGCAGCCAUGCAACUUUUACUUGAUUGGCGUGAGGAUAACCCACUUGUCGUCGAUGCAGUGGAUGAUGCGGUUGUGUAACGAUUUCUUGAUGGCCACGCGGCGGCCAUUGACCUCGAACUCAUAGCCGCCGUUGCCAUCCUCAUACACGAAAUGGCCACCAACUUCAAACAAUCCGACAAGGCGGUCGCUCAUGGUGCCCUCCCUCUCUGGACACACACGCACAGACACACGAUGACUGACGUCAUUCACCCUCACUGAUUCCCUCCACAUCCCGCUUGAGUUCACCUUCCGUGCAGAUCUGCAGAUCUGAAGUGGUCCACAU